AUGGUAAUGAUACGGAAGGUCCUCACACACAGCCCGAUGUAAUCCCUGCAAUGUGCUUGCCUGUAGCAGCGCUCCACUCAUACAGAGAGGACAGCGAAGGCAACAGUUAUCUAAUUGUAGUGUAGGGGCCGCGACCCCUGAUGCUACGCCACUGAUACUGUCCUAUUUCCUGAAACCGGGCAGCGCACGGCAUGCCGGGGAUUGUAGUUCAUUAGGCCGUGUUUGAUGGCAGCAUCUUCGUACACUAAGACUACAUUUCCCAGCAGCGCUCUCAGAUUGACAGUAUAGACAACAAAGAUGGCGGCUCCCAGGUAGCAGAUCUGGUUCUUGGAGCAAUUUAUCUGUCCGCUUGGCCGCGUUGCUGGCAGGUUUACAUUUUUUGAUCAGAAAUGUUUGGGGACCUGUUUGAAGAAGAUGAAGACUUCUCAUUCCUUUCAAACAGUACAACCACUAAUGGCAGGAAAACAAAACCCAAAGAUUCUGAAAUACUGGAACCAAGGGGAGAAACCAGAUUAAGUGGCCUCAGGAACCAGGGAAGCACCUGUUACCUUAACUCCCUGUUGCAGACUUUACUCUUCACUCCAGAAUUCCGAGAAGCCCUUUUUGCCUUGAGCCCUGAAGAGCUUGGAUCAUUAGAUGAGAAAGAUGUCCCAAAUUCCAAGGUUCGAAUCAUUCCAUUGCAGUUACAGAGACUGUUUGCACAACUCCUCCUGGUGGAUCAGCAGGCUGCCUCAACCUCCGAGCUUACAAUCAGCUUUGGAUGGGAUAAUAAUGAGGCAACUGGCCAGCAUGAUGUCCAGGAGUUAAACCGCAUUUUGUUUAGUGCCUUGGAAAGCUCUCUGGAGGGCACUUCUGGCCAUAAUCUCAUCAAGAACUUAUAUCAUGGCACAAUUGUUAACCGUAUCCAAUGCCAAGAAUGUGGACAUGUCAGCGAAAGGCAGGAAGAUUUCCUUGAUCUUACAGUAGCUGUGAAGGACAUGAACAGUUUAGAGGAAUCUUUAUACAGCAUGUAUGUGGAAGAAGAAAUCUUUGACGGAGACAACCUGUACCGCUGUGGGGCCUGUGACAGACUUGUACCUGCUGCCAAGUCGGCCAAGCUGGGAAAAUUACCACCCUUCCUUACAAUAUCUCUUCUGAGGUUCAACUUCGACUUCACAAAGUGUGAACGGUAUAAAGAGACUUCACGCUACUCCUUCCCUACACGCCUCAACAUCCGCCCAUUUUGUGAGCAGAAUCAUUUGGAGGAUUCAGUGCAAAUGUAUGAGCUCUUUUCAGUUAUCAUACACAAGGGAGGAUGUUAUGGGGGCCAUUAUCAUGUGUACAUAAGAGAUGUAGAUGAGUUGGGACACUGGAGUUGUCAGGAAGAGAAUAAAAGAAAAGGAUCUGGCGAUAUAGGGGAUGAACAAGACUGUCCUGCUGUUACACUUGCAACCAUUAUUGCAGAGGCAGGGUGUGAUAAAAUGGUCCCCAUGGAUCAACUGAGUCAAAAGCUGCUGGAGCACACUGGAUCUUCCUGGAAUAAGGCGUAUAGGAAGCAACAUGGAGCCCUCCGUAAGUUCCUGCACAAGCAUGCCUCCAUUUUCCAGUUGAGUUCAGACGGUUCUCUUGUCGGCUUAGCACAGUCAUUAAACGGCACUGAUCCGCAAUGUUGUAAGCCAAGUAAUAAAGGAAAAAUAGCAUCUCCACAAAGAAAUUCUAGUCACUGGUUUGACUUUAAUGACUCUUCAGUGCAGUCCAUCCAGGAAAAGGACAUUGAAAAACAGUUCCAGGGAAAAGAGAGCUCAUAUAUGCUCUUCUACCGCAAAAGCCAAUUGAAGAGACCACAGGAAGCUAAAGGCAAUGCUCGGUAUGGUGUCCCUGAGUACCUCCUACAACAGAUGGUUCAAGCUAAUCAUGAGCUUCAGCAGAAAAGAUUGGAGUCUGACAGGAAAGCCUAUAGCAUGACCUUGCGCCUUCAUCUGUCAUCUUGCUACCGUUUGGAUAAUGGUGCUCUACAUCCAGUGUCUUCUCUAGCAGAUAGUACCCUUGAAAUCAGUGUGGACCGGCGAGGGACAGUGGGGGACUUAAGGCAAACAAUUUUCCAGCUUUUGGAUCCAGCAGUAGAAGGCCAUGUUCUGAGCAUUGCAAAACUUCUACCGGCAGGGUUACAUGUUUUUGAGAACUUAUGUGAUAGUGAGCAGAAUCUUGCAAGUGUUGCAGGACAUGAUGGAUGUGAUAUAUUUGUAUGGGAUGGAAAACAGGUUGGAGGUCUGUGUGUGCAGAGUGGUCCUGACUGCGCUCCUCUUCUUCUAACAAUCAUGCAUCCAUGUAAAGCCAAAGGCAACGGUGGCGCCCAGAAAUACUCAGAAAGUCAAAGAGUUUUCCCAUCCAACUUUCAGUUGGGAGACCUGCAGCAGACAUUAGCUGGUAGCCCCUCAAAAGAGUCCUUAUUGUGCUCCCCUUCCUCAGAAACCAGUGAGGGCUGGAGUGCCUUCACCAUGGAAGAUAUGAGCAAAACCCUCAAAAUGUUGGGCCUUAGAGAUGGAAGCUCCCUACUACUGCUAAAUUCACAUGAAGAGGGGGAAAUGGGCCUUGCUGGAAAAGAGAAUGCUGUGUACCUGAAUGUUAACUACAUCCAAGUUCAGGACUGGUACAGUUCCGGAUCUGAGAAGAGACUUGUUAAAAUUCCUGCAGAUCCAGGUUCUACAAUAUUAAGUAUCCGGAAAAAAGCAGCCGAAACGCUUGAGCUGCCAGGGGAUUGCGGUGACACCUGCCUGAGACCUGUGCAUAAAAGCGGAAAGCUGUUUCCUCCAGUUCCUGAGCAUGUUACUGUGCAGGGGGCUGACAUUAAAGCUGGGAGCAUUUUGGGUCUGUGCAGAGGCAGAGCACCUGGUACCUCAGAGGUCUUCCUGUCUUUUAUUCUUGGCACUGAUCUCCAGGAAGGACAAGAGCAAGAAAUUAUCCUGGAUGAAACACUGACUGUAAAUGAGUGCUUGGAUCAAAUGCUCCAGAAAGCUGGCUUACCAGGUGAUGCAGGCUGGCAUCUAAGGAAGAUGGACUGGUGUUAUGAAGCUGGAGAUGCUGUGACUGAAGAGGACUCUUCACUGAAAGAUCUAAAAAUACAAUCGGGAGACAUUUUUGUUUUAACAGAAGGAAAACUUCCACCCAAGGGCUUCCUGAGGUUACCAAUAUGGUUGUACUGUCCCAGGACAAGUUCUGUUAACCAUGUCACCUCUCAUGUCACCACAUCUGGAGAUAAUUCUCUUCAGGAAGAUGCAGAGUCCGACCUCUGCUUUGUGUGCCACAUAGAGAUAUCCAAAGAUGCUUCGCUACAAGAUCUUAAAUUGCAGAUCAUGACAUUAACAGUUUUUGAUGCUCUUGGAAUUCCCUCUCCUGAGCACCUUCGUAUCUGGACCUUGGACAACAAACGGUUGGGAAAAUUGCUACGGUUAAAUCAUUUGCAAAUCAGUGACUUCAAACUGGGGGUCAACACUAACACAACACUUUGUGUGGAGCCACUACAGGUGGAGGAGAUUCUAGGACCUCAAGAUAUGCUUUUGCGGAUUCAGCUUUCUGUUCCAGGGGAAUGUCGAUACUUCCCAUCUGUGGACAUUGCUUGGAAUAUCUCUCAUGGAUGCACGGCAUCUGCGUUGCGUCAGACCAUCGCCACCCAUUGCUCUUUGCCUGUAGACAAAGUUGAGAUUGCAAAGUACUUUCCAGAUAAAUAUGAAUGGCUUCCAAUAUCCAGCUGGACGCAGCAGGUUUCCAAGAAAAAGAAGAAAAAGAAAUCAGAUAACCUUCAGGGGGCGCCGUAUUACUUAAAAAAUGGGGACAUUAUUGGGGUUAAGAACCUCUUAUUGGAUGACAGAAUGGACUUCAGCUCAGAAGCUGAUUUUAUAGCUAAGGAAAAGCAAAGACAGAUUGCAGAAAGCAAAAAGAAGAGUUCUCCAGCGCUUUGCAACGAGAAAGUGCGUCCAAGUGUACGGAAGACUGAAACAUCUCUAUCCAUCAGAGUGGGAGUAUUCAGAUAACAAAGACUUGCUCCAGUGGAUGGAGCGUACAGUCUGGGAUAUGUUUCUGUUUUUCUCAGGGAUGAGCAUAUAUACUGUCACUGGAAGGCAGUGUGAUAUCUAGGUCUCUCUCUUUCCCUGGAGGUCAGGAAUCAGGUGCUGCACCCUCUCCACUUUGCUGUAUUACCGUGCUUGUCACAGGCCUCCUCUGCAGACCGUCAGGGACAUAUAUAUAAUUUUAUUUUUUAUUUUUUUGUGAACGUGCCUUCUCUUUUCUCAUUUAUCUCCUGCAGAUCACUUUUAAAACAUUACUAUUGUUUAUAUAAACUUUUGUCAUGCCAUCCAGGGACCUGCUGCAAUAGUGACUUAGAACUGGGUGAAGUGAGUGGCAGCGCACUUCACUCCCUGGUCAACUGACCCGGCUAAUUCUAUAGACCAUUGUUUCCUGGGCCUCCAGCUGUUGCAAAACUACACCCCUAAGAUGCCCGGACACCCGAAGGUUGUACUGGCAUGCUGGGAGUUUUAGUUUUGCAACAGCUGGUGGCACAUCGGUUAGGAAACACUGCUAAAGACACUAAUGGAGUGCAUCAGUUGGAGUGGGAGUAAAACUCUCUUCACAUAGUUAUAACUUACAAUCACAGGAUUGAGACCUGGUGCAAUCUAAACCUUUGACAUGUCUGGACAAGAUGUCAAAUGUCUAUGUAAAUGACAGUAACUCUUUAAAGGGUCACUCCGCUGCUCAGCGUUUGGAACAAACUGUUCCUAACACUGGAGCCAGCCUCGGGAGCUCAUGACAUCAUAGCCCCACGCCCUCAUGACGUCAAUGCAAGUCUAUGGGAGGGGGGUUGUUCCAAACGCUGAGGAGCAGAGUACCCCUUUAAGGCCAUGUUCACAUGGUCUAAUUUGUGCGGAAUGUCUGCAUGGAAAACACGUGCGGACAUUCUGCGCAUUUGAACAGUCCAGCGGGCGCUAGGACCACUUGGGCGAAAUCUGCAAAAAGAAUUGACAAGUCUAUUUUUUGCAGACACUGGAGACAGGAUUUCCAUGCGAACCAUGUGAACAGUGCAGCAGAAUCCCAUUGAAAUCAGGGAAUGUCUUUGCGGAAUAUUCCUGCAGAAUUGCGCACAGACAUUCCACUGUAUGAACAUGGCCUAACAGUUCUUGUCCGGUUGCUGCUCUUGGGUAAACAGAAAAGCACAUCACUGAAUUCAUCAGCUCGUAUUUAGUAUAGCCACUAGAUAUGAUGCCUUUCAUUGUGGUACCGAUUACUGAGGGAAUAAGCUGCUGUUAUAAAAUGAGGGAAUGAUCAUAGUAAAGCGUAGUCUUUUAUAAGACAGAAUUUUAAGGGCUUAUAAAACACAUGUAAUUUUGGAGUUCUGGUUGCUGGGAUAGGUAUCAGAGUUGUGUAAGGUAAGUUUUCUUUUACAGAGUAUCAGAUCUAUAACGGUUUUAUAAGUCAAUCCCCUUAAUGUGCCUUUACCUGUUGUGUCCCUUCCACCCUGCUGCAGGAGUGACUUUGCCAUAAUAUCCUGUGUUUGUCAGAUUGUGAUCCUAUGUAAACACUCUCUGCACCCCACUGAGCGCACAAAAAAUUACGGAAAAAUUAAAAUGAAGCAAUCAAAAAACAUUGGAUUAUUUAUGUGUUGAGGGUUUGAUACAAGAAAUAGCACUGAUCAUAAUAUGUAAGUUCAGCAUUUCCUCUUGUGAACCUCAUUAUACUAUACUAUUUGAGUAUUUUCUUGGUUAGAAAUAAUUUCUUAAUUUUGUUAAUUUUUAUUUAUUUUUUUCAUUAGUCAUUGCUAGGCAUUGUUAUGUCCAGACAACAUUUGGAUUAAUGAUGAUCCUCUUCUC